CAUCGCUGCAGGCACACUCACCCGCAGGGGUUCCUAAGGAGAGAAGACAGAUGUCCGCAAACAUGGAGACAGUUGACAGUGGUGAGGUGGCCCCUGGGGCCCCAGAGCCCACCCGCAUCGACGUGCACAUCCACCAGGAGUCAGCUCUGGCCACGCUCUUGCUACACGUGUGCUCCCAGCUUCGGUCCCCCACCCCGGACGCCAUCUCCCGGACCGGGGGCCGGAGCCGGCUGCUGGUGGCCUCCUGGGUGGUGCAGGUCGUGCUGGGGGUGCUGAGUGGCACCCUGGGAGGCUUCCUCUACUUCUUCCACUCCUGCACCUUGCGUGACUCCGGAGCUGCCCUCUGGACAGGGGCUGUGGCUGUGCUGGCUGGAGCCGUCGCCUUCAUUUACAAGAAACGGGGCGGCAUGUACUGGGCCUUGCUGAGGACCCUGUUCGCCCUGGCAGCUUUCUCCACGGCUAUCGCCGCCGUCGUCAUUGGGGCUCGUUAUUUCCACGAGUACAAGUUUCAUUUUAGAGACCAUAUCUGUCAAGUCUCCUCGACGGGUUUGUCCUGGGCCGCCGUGCCCCAGACCACCCCAAGUCCAGAAGAAACCAGAAGACUGCACCUGUGCCUUUCCUACCUGAGCAUGCUGAAGGCCCUGUUCAUAAGCUUUCAGGCCAUGCUGUUGAGUGUCUGGGUUCUGUUGUUUCUGGCAUCCCUGGUCCCCCUCUGUCUGUACUGCUGGAGAAGGUCCCAACGUGAGAAGGAAACAGACCAGAAAAAACUGCUGGAAGUGAGGGAAACCCAGCUGUGCUUCUCCUGAGUGUUCAUGCCUGGACUCUCUCUGGACUGGGCAUCCCUGCCUCUGGCUCCUGGGAGAAGGACCGGUCUGGGGAAGGAGCCUGCACUAGCUCCACUUGUCCUUCCGCCACCCCCACCGCCACCACGGCCACGGCUACCAAUCAUGAUACCAGUGUUGCCCAUUUCUGGCUCACCUUCACCAUCCCACCUGCUUCACAGCCCCUCAUGAGGAGCGAUGACAAUAAACUAUCUUGUUG